AUGAAAUUACUAUUUCUAGGAUUUUGUCUCUUCAUUGCCUUAUUUGGAGAAAAUGUUUCGGCCCAAAAGCACAAGCCAUCCCCUUUGGGAGGUUAUACCGACAUAGAAGCUGACAGUGAAAACAUCAGAAAACUGGCUCUCUUUUCAUUAGAUUCUAUAACACAACAAACAAUGUCCAAGAGAUCCUUGGGGUUAAUCAGAGUCGUCUCCGCAAAAUCUCAAGUUGUUGCAGGAAUAAAUUAUAAAAUAAAAUUAUUGGUAUGUGAAAAAGAUUCAACACAAGGUCAGAACAUUGUUAUGGAUCCCAAAAAUUGUCGCUCUUGUGAUAUAACUAUCUGGGAACAAUCAUGGUUGAACAAUAAAAAUGUCACUAAAGUGGCUUGUUCUAAACCUUCUGAAAUUUCUUCAUUUUCAAGUGUAGCUGUAACUAAAAGAGACAUACAUGAAAAUGUAAAUCUUGGGGCAAAAAUAAGUUUGAAUUCUAAUGACAAGAAAGUUCAAGACAUAGUGGCUUAUGCUUUACUAUCUAUUGAUCGACAAGAAGGAUCCAAAAAACCACAUGUGUUAUCAAAAAUCAUAAAUGUAUCCAAACAAAUAGUGUCUGGAAUUAUCUACAAUAUUGAAUUGGAAAUAUGUGAUAAUUCUACAAGUGAAGUCGAUGAAAAGAACUGUAGAAUUUGUAAUAUUAAAGUAUGGGAACAGGCAUGGGAGAACAACAAAAAUACUUCAGAAUUCAAUUGUUAUAAACCUCAUAAAACUAACACAGAUAUAUCAAAUUCUGAAAAAUUAACUACAAAGAAAAAUAAUAUUGAUGAUCGAUUACAAUUAAAGACAGAUUUUGAAAAUUUUAUCAUGACACAUAAUAAAAUUUAUACUAGUCUUGGAGAAAAGAGUAGAAGAUUCCGAAUAUUUGCUGCUAAUAUGAAGAAAGUAAAAUUAUUACAAAACCAUGAACAAGGAAGUGCUAUUUAUGGAGCUACACAAUUUGCAGAUCUUACAAAAAAUGAAUUUAAAAAAAAAUACUUGGGCCUGGACUCUUCGUUGGCAAGCAAAAAAACAUUACCCAUGGCAGUUAUACCACAAAAUGCUUCUAUUCCUAAUGAAUUUGAUUGGAGAGACCAUAAUGCAGUGACACCAGUAAAAAAUCAGGGAGCCUGUGGUUCUUGUUGGGCAUUUUCAGCCAUAGCCAAUAUUGAGGGACAGUAUGCUUUAAAAUCUAAAGAACUUCUAUCUCUCUCAGAACAAGAGCUCAUUGAUUGUGACAAUUUGGAUAAUGGAUGUGGUGGUGGUUUAAUGACUCAAGCAUUUGAAGCCAUUGAAAAUUUAGGGGGUUUAGAGACAGAGUCUGAUUAUCCUUAUGAAGGACACGCAGAUCGUAAAGGAUGUCAGUUAAAAAAAAGUGAUGUGAAGGUAUCAAUAUCAAAAUCUGUGAAUGUAUCUACAGAUGAGGAAGAUAUUGCCAAAUUUUUAGUUAAACAUGGACCCAUUUCUGUUGGAGUUAAUGCUAAUGCUAUGCAGUUUUAUAUGGGUGGUGUAUCACAUCCAAUCCAUGCCUUAUGUAGCCCUAAAUCACUGGAUCACGGUGUGGCCAUUGUUGGCUAUGGAGUCCACAAAUAUCCUUAUUUAAAUGCGACUUUACCGUUUUGGACCAUUAAAAACAGUUGGGGCGACAAAUGGGGCAUGCAGGGUUACUACUUGCUGUACAGAGGUGAUGGAUCUUGUGGAGUCAAUCAAAUGGUUUCUUCAGCAAUCAUUGAAUAA